UCAAAGACAUGUAGAUACUUAUUUAAGCACCGCUGGUUGUUAUCUAUUUUUUAAUAAUUUUAUUAUUAUAUAUAAAUAUAAAUUAAUAAAAAUAGUUUAAUAAAUCUAUUUUGUUGAAUAAUUUAUUCAAGAUAUAAUAAUAAUAUCCGUUCAAAUACUCGUGGUUUCUGUGAAAAAAUAGAAUGGAUCCAAGAUUACAUCGACGAAUGGAAGUUGAUAAUACUGAGGAGAUGAUAAAAACAUGGCUAAAUGAAGUAAGCGGAAGUAUGAGCCCACAAGUGAAAGUUCAUAAUUUAUUAAAAAUCCAAGAGUAUCUAAUAAAUAAAGAUCCUCAUUUAUUGGGGAAUUUUUUGGACGAUAUUUUACUAUUUUGUGCCGAUUUGAUGUCCGAAGUCAGAACAGUUAUUGCUGCAUUCAUUGAAGAGGCUGGAGACAAGCAACCGGAAAAAAUUCCUUCAAUGCUCCAAUCUCUUUCACGAUUAGUAUUAGAUAAUACUCCAGCAGUGGCAAAAAGAGCAUUGAGAGCAAGUGGAAGAAUAUUAAGAUCUGCUUUAAAAUGGAUCGUGAGUGCAGUAGUGGUGACUCCAGAAAUGGAAGCUGCUUGGAAUGAGCUGAGUUCACUGAAAGUUCAAAUAGUCAAUUUGAUAGAUAGUGACAAUGAUGGUAUAAGAACGCAAGCAGUAAAAUUUCUUGAAGGUGUUGUUCUUCUACAAACAUAUCCAGAUACAAAUGCCCCAAAAAAGCCUGAAGAUUUUUCAUUAGAAGAUGUUCCGUUGACUUUAAAAAUUGCACGAAGACGAAAACUCGAAGAAGAAGCUAAUCAUGUAAUGGACUUACUAAUAAAAUUUCAUGGCUCUCAACACAUAAGCAGUCUAAAUCUAAUGACUUGUAUGGGAAGUCUAGCGUUAAUAGCGAAAAUGCGUCCACAGUUUAUGCCAAGAGUAAUUCAAGUUCUCCAACGAUUACAAGGUAAUUUUCCGCCUACCUUAUCUGGAUCUCAAGAGGAGAGUGUUAAAAAACAAUUAAAAAUGACAUGGCUAGGUUUAAUGAAACAUCCAUCAAGUAUUGAAUUUGUAUCAACAAUAGCUAAACAACUUACACAGCUUGGUACGAAAGAGCAAGAUAUUAUGAAAGCCUAUCCAAAACAGGAGGACAUCAGAAAAAUGAAGAAACGUCAACAAGAAGCGGCAGCUGCUACAGCAGCUAAGAAAGCAAAACUAGAAACCAUCAUUCCAGAAGAAAGUGAACCUUCAAGUCCACUCCCUGUAAUCCCCAAGCUUCCAGAGCUUAUAGAAUUAUCAGAAAGUUUUAUUGCUGAACGUUUAAGCGUAGAAAUUGCUACAGAUUUAGUUAUGGAUAGCAUGACAUGGGUCCCUGACACUAUGACGUCGAUAUUUCAACGUGAGUAUCAACCUAGUGUAUCGGGAGAUCUUAAUGUUCAACGACAAGCAAUAGCUAAAUUGUUAUCAGCACAAAUAAAACAAGCAAAGGCCAAAGCAAUUAAGAAAGAUAUCAAAGAAGAGGAAGCGGUAAUGGAAGAUUUGAUUAAAAAUCCUACGAUUACAGUAGCUGAAGUUAAACGUGAAAGAAAGCGUGAAAAAGAUCGAGAGAAGGAAAAAGAGGCAAAAGCAGUUAUAGAGGCUCAUGAAAAAACCCUUACUAAAAAUAGGAAUAGAGUAAAGGUAUUGAAGUUAGCAGAAGUUACGAAACCUUUACCUCAGGAAGUAAAAGAAAAGAUGCUUCUAUUAGCUGUGAAUAGAGUUUUGCAGGCAGAAAAAAGUGCUGUUUUCGGUGGAGUCUCUUCAGUAAGAUCGAAAAUUUUAACAACUCUUGCAGCAACGUUUACUCCUCAUAUAAAAGAAACUGUACUAAGAUAUAUCACGGAUGAUAUGAGAUCUAGGUUGGAUCUAGCAUUAGGAUGGUUGUAUGAAGAGUAUGCAUUGUUUGUAGGAUUUCAAAGACGAACUACUCUUGGAACUAAACCUCAUGAAGCUCCUUUACAAGCUUACAAUUUUCUUAUUUGCACUUUAGUAUCAGCUAUUGAUUUAAUUCAAGGCAAAGAUCGAGAUAUUUUAAUGUCUAGACUUUAUUUAGAAGCGCCAUUGAUUACUGAGGAUGCAGUUGAAGCAUUAAAAAUGGUGUCUUGUGAUGAAUCGAGAGGUUUAGCUCCUUUGACAUUACUCAAGGAAAUGGUGGUAAGAAGACCACCAAAACAAUUGAAUUUUUUAAAUGUUUUACUUUGUCAUACCGGCCAUGAAAAGUCUAUAAUUCGAGAGACAGCAAUUAAUCUUGUUGUAGAGUUGUACAGUCGACCAGAACUUAGUAAAUUAAUUGAGGAAUAUGCAAUUUUGUAUCUAGGUUUUUUGAGGUUGCCAAAUCCUCCGGAAAUUGUUUUUGGAUCUGAUCGAGGCAGACCACAAGUUGAAGAUCAGUGGACAGAAUCGACAACUAGAGCAUGUCUGAGUCUUUACUUAGCAUUAUUGGAGAAGCAUCAAGAUCUUAUUCAUGAAUUGGCGAGGAUUUAUACGUUUAUGGGUGCUGAUGUUAAGAGAAUAGUUUUGAGAUUGGUUGAAACUCCUGUCCGAUCUCUUGGAAUGGCUUCUCCUCAACUUUUGUCUCUUGUAGAAACGUGUCCAAAGGGUGCUGAAACUUUGGUAACAAGAAUAAUUCAUAUUUUAACUGAAAAAUCAGCACCUAGUGCUGAGCUUGUGGCAAGAGUUCGUGAGCUUUAUCAAACCAGAGUAUCUGAUGUAAGAUUUUUGAUCCCUGUUCUGAAUGGGUUAACCAAGAAGGAAGUGGUUGCUGCUCUUCCAAAGUUAAUCAAACUCAACCCUAUUGUGGUGAAAGAAGUAUUUAAUAGGCUUUUGGGAACUAAUGAUAGCGGGAUACCGCACACUUCUCCAGUCACUCCGGCAGAAUUGUUAAUAGCAUUACAUAAUAUUGACUCCAAUAAAGCUGAGUUAAAAACCGUUAUUAAAGCUACAUCACUGUGUUUCGCUGAAAAACAGGUGUAUACUCAGGAAACUUUAGCGGUGGUUAUGCAACAUCUGAUGGAAAUGAAUCCAUUACCAACUUUAUUAAUGCGAACCGUAAUUCAAAGCCUUACUUUAUAUCCAAGGUUAAGUGGAUUUGUAAUGAAUAUCCUGCAAAGAUUAAUUCUCAAACAAGUUUGGAAGCAACCCAAAGUGUGGGAAGGAUUCGUUAAGUGCUGUGAAAGAACUCAACCCCAAAGCUUUGCUGUAAUUUUACAAUUACCUCCUCAACAAUUAUCAAAUGCAUUGAAAAUGUCGCCAGGACUCAAGGCACCUCUUCUUGCUCAUAUUGAUACAUUUGCAGAAAAUCAGAAGGCACACAUUUCAUCAUCAGUCAUGGAUGUUCUUCAAGGAAAACAACCAGUUGAUAUGCACGAUGAGUUUGAUAUUGCUCCUCCUGGAGAUUUUGUGGGUGAACAAAAAAUUGAAACUAUUGAUACUGAUCUCUCUGAACCUGCACCUCCUGGUUUAGAGUAGAGUGUAUGGAAAUAAGUAUUCCUAAUGUAAAUUAACAAUCUAUGAAAAUAAAGAUAAAGUGGUUAUUUAAAA